AUGGUCAGAGUUCAUAAGGGUUCUACGCCAUCCAGGUACGGCCACGUCGUGCCUAGCACAAGUGGCAUGGCUCCUGUCAGUGUAGCAGCUUCGAUUCAACAAGCUUUAACCCAAGACGAGAUGUUGAAUAGAUCUCUUAGACUCUUAGAUAUUUGUGGCAUUGCUAAGGAUUCCUUUGUACAAACCAAAGAAGCUGUACAAGGCCUUCAAUCAAUUUUUCGUAGAAGAAGAUGUUAUGAUAUUGAGCUUACAAGUGAGGUUAAGAAAUACUUAACCUCUAGGAAGAUAGUAAAAAUGACCAUCCAAAAGGCCUUGAAGAAUUUGAAAGCCAUGAAAAACCAAAGAAUCUCUCCAAUCUGUGAGGAAGAUGAGUCAAACGCCACAAUUUACAUAUUAAGAGAGGUUGAAGCAGUCACUUUCAAUGUGAUCGAAUCCUUGUUGUCCCUUAUCUCAGGGCCAAAGGUUCCAUCAAAGCUAAGCAGUUGGUCAGUAGUUUCCAAGCUAAUCCACUCAAAAAAGGUAACAAGUGAAGAAACAGACAUUAAUGACUUUGAAAGGUUGGAUGUUGAAUUGUGUACCAUCAUCACUCAUAAGACAAGCAAGUCCGAUAACAUUCAAAACCAGCUUAAGGAAUUAGAGUCAAGCAUUCGAGAUUUUGAAGAUGGACUUGAGUCCUUGAGCAGGCGUCUGAUCAAAACUAGAGUCUCUCUUCUCAACAUCCUCAACAAUGAGAUUACAAAGUUUUGA